CAGGAAACAAACAGAAGGGAUAAUCCUCCUCUCAAGUGUCUCUGCGGAUCUUUGCUCCUCACAGCAGAUUCAGAAGUCUCUCGGUUCUGAGUGUUUCAUCAGCGGUGACUCUGUGGUUUCUUACCCGGGGAAGGAGUGCGUUUACGGGCUAAGUGCGGAGCCGCGGACCGGUAGAUCUAACCCGGCUGGUGGAAACACUCGGUAAACUUUUUGUGAGGAAUAUACUUUUCUACAGCAACUCUUGAAUUCAGCAGAUUUGAAAAGUGAAAACCUGAGAGGAUUUGCAAGUCAAUCAAAGGAUCCAGAGAAGAAGACGUUUUGAGAAAACAAGAAGAAGAAGAACCAAAUAGCGAAGAUGGGGAGGAAAAAGAUUCAGAUAGCUCGGAUUAUGGACGAACGGAACAGACAUGUGACGUUCACGAAGCGUAAGUUUGGUCUGAUGAAGAAGGCGUACGAGCUGAGCGUCCUGUGUGACUGUGAGAUCGCCCUCAUCAUCUUCAACAGCACCAACAAGCUGUUCCAGUACGCCAGCACCGACAUGGACAAGGUGCUGCUCAAAUACACCGAGUACAACGAGCCGCACGAGAGCCGCACCAACGCCGACAUCGUGGACACGCUGCGUAAGAAAGGGUUAAACGGCUGCGACAGUCCGGACAUCGAGGCGGACGACUCUGCAGGCCAGAGCCCAGAGAGCGACGACAAAUACCGGAAGAUCAACGAAGACAUCGACCUGAUGAUCAACAGACAGAGGCUCUGCCAGGGUCUUCUCCCCUCUAACUACGACAUGGGGGUCUCCGUCCAGGGGUCCUCCCCCCCCGGCCUGCUGUACCCCCCCCACCCAUCUCUGAACUGCGGGUUAGGAAACCACAACCUGCUGCCCGUCUCUCACACACACACACAUACACACACACACCUGCAGAGGAACAGCAUGUCCCCGCAGCGGCCCCCCAGCGCCGGGAACACAGGACUGAUGAGUUCAGAUAUGACAAACACCGUGGUCUCCGGCGUGGCUAACGGCUACAGCUCUCAGGGCCUGAAUAAGAACAUGCACGAUAAGAGCCCCCCCCACAUGACCCUGAGCCGUAAACCUGACCUUCGAACCCUGAUGCCCCCAAAGUGCAGCAACAUGCCCUCCAUCAACCAGAGGGUAAACUCCCAGUCGGCUCAGUCUCUCUCCUCCCCCUCCGUCUCUCUCUCUGGACAGGUGAUGGGGGGGUACCCCUCCUCCCUCUCCUCGCCGUACGGCACAGAGUUCUCCCUCAGCAGCGACCUCUCCUCUCUCUCUGGGUUCGGGGGCUCUGGUCUGGGAUCAGCCUGGCAGCAGCAGCAGAUCCAGAACAUGCAGCACUCUGCUCUGGGUCACAUGGGGAACUUGUGUCAGACCUCCAACCUGAACCUCUCCUCUCACCCGAACCUCCACAUUAAAUCUGAGCCGGCCUCGCCCCCCCGGGACCGCAUGCUGAGCGCUCUGAUUGGAGGAGGAGGAGGGGGCGUGUCCUCGUACUCUCCGCCCGGCGACAGCGCCUCGUCGUGCGGAAGCUCGUUCGAAGGCAGCGAAGAACGAGAAGAUCAUCACGUUAACUUCCUGUUGCCCCCCCCCAACCCUGAGGAGCACCACAGCAGCCCUUCAGUGAAACGCAUGAGGCUCAGUGAGGGGUGGGCCACAUGAGGGGGGGGCAGGUAGUUAGAGUGACCAGGUGUCCGAAUCUGAGUGGGACUCGAUGCAUUUUAAUAUAUAAUUUGUCCAACGUCAAAAACAUUCAAUUCAGACGAUUUCCCGCAUUUGAUUGACAGCCGUUCGUCGAAAAACGUGGGUUUCUUUGUCUCGUUUCCAGCACUGUGAAGCAGGAAAUGUUGUCGUAAAACUGCCAUUCAUCCAGAAAAUGUCAGAAAUGAAAUCAGCAUUCUCAAUAACCCCCAAAAAACACUUCAAAACUGUCCAAAUCGGACGUUUUUAACUGUUGAACUAUAAUGCUAAUUGAUGCUAAUUGAUGCUAAUUGAUGCCCAACAUACCAGUGUAUUUGCCAGCUUUGCUCAGGUUUUUGGGCUCAAAAUUGCCCCUAAAGCUUUAUAAUCAACCCAAAAUUCAUCACAAUCAGCCGACAAAUAGUAAAAAUAUGGCCACCUUUUAGUUAAAACUACCAUUAGUGAUCCAGAAAAUGUCAGAAAUGUAAUCAGCAUCCUCAAUAACCCCCAAAACCACUCUGAAAAUGUCCAAAUCAGCCGUUUCUAACUAUUGUCAACAUGAACUAUAAUGCACAUUUAGGCCAAUUGAUGCAACUCAUUCUCAUUUUGCAAAUUGCCCAACAUAUUAGUUUAUCUGCCAGCUUUUUAGGGUUAAACAAAAUGCAGUUUUGAGUCCCCUAAAACCUUUCAAUCGGCCCAAAAUCAGCCCACAAGAACCACAAAGAUGUCUCUGGUUGGCACCUGGUCGCCCAGAGGGAAGGCCGUAACGUUACCUUAUAGUGUUAUUAUUAUUAUAUUCUUAUGUACUGAGUGGGUGUGCUAUAUGUACGAGGGAGGGGGGGGGGGGGGGGGCUGUAUUUACUGUAGCCGUACACCAGAGAGAAAACAGGAACAUCUGGAGAGUCUUUAUCAAACUGCUAAGAUUUACACUCAAAGGUGAAGAAUAAAAACGUUAUCUUUAAAAAACCGUCCUUUUACUGCAAAUAUAUAAACGACAUGGAAGCAUCUGAUUGACUCUACACAGGCAACGUCUUGGUUAAAAUCCUGACGUGAUGCUCGUUUGAUGUUAUUUUAUUAUAAUUAGGCGAAAUGUCUCUAGUAGUGAUGCUGGAACAUUUUAAUUUAGCAGUUUGAUAAACAUUCCUGCAGUUCUGAAGUGGGGAGAGUUUGUUGUGUACAUGUAUCGCUUGUUUUGUGUGUGUGUUCGGGUGGGGGGGGGGGGGGGGGGGGCGGCAUAAUGAUGAGUAAAUAACAAAUAUAUUACAUGCACAUCUCGAUAUGUGCAACAUGUAUGCAAACUAACAAAGUGAAGAAGUCUGGUACUCUGAACGGUUUCAUAUCACGCAUGAGCGGGAACGCCAUGUUGCAGGUUCAACAUAUUUUAGCACAUUUUAAAUAUGAAGAGGGAAAAGUGUGAUGAAGAGGAGGAAGAGGAAGUAGAGGAAGAUGAGGGAGCUGAAAUGAGACUAAAGGUGGAUGGUGACGGGGAGGUUUUAGUGUGAGCGGUAGAAAGGUUGCAUAGAAUAGAAGUUUCACUUGAUGUGAACACGCUUCUCAGAGUUAGUGAGCUGUGGUAGAAAAACUAAAUGUGAUUUUGAAGUGAAUUGCAAUCCAGAUGUGUGGAAGCAAAGAAGUGGACACAAUGGCUAGAUGUCCCACUGCUGAAUACAAAACUAAAAACCCUCCUAACAACUGGACAUAAAAUAAACAUUAUGAGAUUAAUUAUAAGAAUGUAAGAGCUUAGUAAAAACAUACUUGUAUAAUUUACACAGCUAUUAUUUAACUGUCAAAGUCAAAUGUUUAUUUAAAUGCUUUGAAUAUAGCUACUUGUUAUUCAAGUAUUCAGUAGUGGUUUCACAUUUCACAAUUAGCCUUAAUAAAAAAAGAAAUCCUAUUUUGUUGGGGCUUUAUUUGCUUCCAUACAAACAAAACCUGCGUUAUUUUCCUAUAAAACCAACAAACAUCUGGCGUUUUAUGUAAAAAAUUCAAGAUGAAUCCAAACUUGAGUGAAACUUCACUCAUGGCCUUGUUGUUAUGCACAGAGAGAGCUAGCUGUUAGCUGUUAGCCGUUAGCCGCUAGCUUAGCCCUCCUAAAAGCCAUAUCCAACAGGACAGAGAUGCUUUGCUGCACAUAAUUUAUAUAGUGUUAUGUUUUUUUGAAUUCUUUAUUAUAUCAAAUUGAUAUUCUUGGAUGUCUGCAGCUCUAUUUAAUAAGAUAACUUUAAUAUAAAAGUGUAAAAAGCAGAUGGGCGCACGUUUCUUUAACAUUCAGGGAUUUAAAAAACCCUUUAAAGUUUAGAUAUUUUCAGACGUAUUUGGAAAAAUGACUUUGUGGUGGUUAUUAUAUAUGCAGUAUUUACAGUGAUGAGAAGUACUACAAUCAUUUACUUAAGUAAAAGGACAAUAGCCUACAUGUAGAAAUACCCAUUCAAAGUAAAAUGUUGCGGUAAAAAGUGUAUUUGUAUCUGAAAUGUAGUGGAGUAGGAGUACAAGUACCUCAAAUGUAUUUCCAAAGUACACGAAUUGAGUAAAGGUAUUUUAGUACAUCCCACCUCUGUGUUUUUGUACAUUUAAAAGGACUUUGUGGACAUUUUGAAUAGUUGUGCCUUGUAUCUAAAACUGUCCCGCCACAAUAAGAGCCGGAAUAGUCUCAUACACCCGCCACAAUAAGAGUAUAUUUGAUAUCCAUGAUGUUUGUAUUUAAAAGGAGACAGAGAGGACGCUGAGGGUUUGUUCACAUUUGAAUAUUUUGGUUUUAAAACUGUAUAUUUGGAGCUUGGACCCUCGGCUGCAGUCUGUCUGUUUGCGCCCCAUCUGCUGUCAAUCCAGUAAAUUAACAAAAUAAAAUAGAAUCUGCUCUAGGUUGAAAAAUCCAAAAAAUAAAACGCUGCCGUUGAGUUACAAACUACACUGUGUGUUGAGAAGAGAGAUGCUUCUCCUGCUUUUCUUUUCUCCGGGUCGUCAGGCCUCAGAUGAACGAACCAAAGUGUGUGUGUGUGGUUUGAUUAUCUCCUGACUGCCUGGACCUCAAAAAGCCCCGAUGAAAUGAUUUGUAUUUGACGCAUCCUCUUUACAUGUGCUUCUAAUAACCACAAGGUAAAUAUAUUAUACAGAGAUUGUUAGUGGCAUAAGCUGGCCUUUGUCGCCACUUGGAGACAAUGUUUCUCAGAAAAUAAGAUCCUGUACAGCGACUCCCUCACUCAGAAAUGUGCUAGUAUUUGUAUUUUGCAGAAAAAAAUUACUGAAAUAAAGCAGGCUCUGUUACAAAAGUC